AUGGACGCUCUCGUUGCUCAGCUACAAAUGCAAUAUCGUAACUACACCGUUUCUCUCUACCAACAGGGCUUUCUGGAUGAACGUUUUACUGAGUUAAGACAGCUUCAGGAUGAUAAACAUCCUAAUUUUGCGGCCGAGAUGCUCUCUCUUUCCUUUGAUGACAGUGUCAAGCAUAUCGGUAACAUCACUCGAGCUUGUAAGGACCAGACAGGAACUGUGGAUUUUGGUCUGGUUGAUGUGAGUGUGCACCAAUUGAAGUGUACUAGCUCAAGUGUUGGUGCCAAGAGGGUGAAAGAUUUGUGUGUUACCUUCAAGGAAUAUUGUGAGGCUAAUAACUACGAAGGGUGUGUGAGAUGUCUCCAGCAGGUGGAUAUUGAGUACAAUACGUUAAAGACAAAGCUUCAAGAUAUGUUUAACCUUGAGAAACAAAUCAUUCAAGCUGGUGGUAAAGUUCCUCAAGUGGACGGACAUUAA